AUGGUCAACCGUCAUACUUUCCAGCCUGCCCACUUUCGCUUUACCCCCUUUCAAUCUGACUAUCGUCCCCCAUACGCUUCACCGGAAUCUGGAACUGGUGUUGACGAUGAAGUGACAGAUGAAACCAACACGAACAGAAAGAGAAUUGCUGUUGCGUGUGGACGUUGCAGAAAGAGAAAGAUUCGUUGCUCAGGUGACAACGGCAAUGGAGAACCUUGCCUUAAUUGCAGAAAUGCUGGCGCUUCGCCUUGCCGCUUUCUUCGAGUCGCAUCGCUUGAAACCAAUCUGAAGGACAACAAUGGACGUCCCCCCCCGGGUUUCCCUUACGAGGGAUACUCCCGAUCAUACCCAUCAGGAUGCUUCGAAGAGGCCCGAGCUAGACUGGCUUCACAGUCUGCAGCUCCCCUUCCAUCCAUGUACGAGGAGACUGGGUCUCCUGCUUGGGCCCAAGACCCCAUCUCCCCGACCGCAUGUCGAUCUGGACCAGGCAGCCCGGAUAGGUCCUAUUCGUGGAGCUCUGGUGGGUUUUAUGCUCAACUGCCAGAGGCGGAUGCCGGAGCUCCCACCGCCAACUAUACCGGCAUGUAUGCUCAGACCCAAGAUAUCAGAUGCCAGCUGGCAUCCUGUGAAAUGGCCCCCAUGAAGCACUUCAGCUAUCUCAACUCCGACCCUGGGUCGUACACAUUCACCGCACAGCCGACGACGGCUAUGGCUACUACAGCCACUCUGGUUGACAGGUGCCCGGCUGGGUCAGGAAGCAGCUAUCCCAUGAACACCGUCCCUCAUGGUCUUCUCCCUUCUUUAUUGACAGAAAAGCUUCAUCUCCAUGACACGGCCUCCAUCAAUGAAAAUAUCGGAUCCAAGGUUGAGCCCCUGGGAGGAAUCAACACUUAUAGCAAGUCGAGCCCUUCGCCGACCAGCUCACUCCAGCCUUUGACUCCCUCCACUAGUUAUGGUAGUUACACUACUUCACCAGGAUCCGCCUACUCCGGCAUGAUCUCUGCUACACAGGGAGAUUCUCCCCAUAGCUACAAUGGAUUGGUUGGCACGUCGACUUCUUUAACUACGCAAUUUCCGCCUCCAACUACCAGCACCUAUGUCUACACAGACAUGAGCGCACAGGCAGCAGCCGUUGGCGCGUCUGGUCGACGACUGGCUCAGGCUGCGUCGUCUCCAGUGGCUCAAUUCCAGGCUCAUCAAAAUUGCUAUCCUGAUGGUCUGUCUGAGGUUGAGCACAAGCCCCCAACUAUGAACCACUAG